AACAGUAACAGAGCUCCUUAAAUCUGGGUUUAGCUAACUCGAGUCACUUUAACAGCUUGCUAAGUUAGCUUUGCCGACGCAUAUGUCACUGUAACAAGACCUGCUUCUGUUUUGACAAGGGUUUCCUCUUUUACUUCAACCAUAUGCUGAUACUAAACUACACCCAACAGCUCUGCACUCACUGGUAGCCAAACAGAUAAGCCGCAGGCACAUCCCCUUCACAUCCUGCUGUAAGUUAUAAACCUCCACAUCACUGUCACCCUGUAACAGCUGCUUCACACACACACACACCAGAGGAGUAACGCAGGAUCUGACUGAUUCCGGUACGGAAAAAGAUUGCACGGAGCAAUUUAAGAUUUCCCAGGCUUUAUGAAUGGAUUGUGUGAUUAAUGGCUGACUGUACAUGGUAGGAGUCACUGUCUACGUGUUUUGAACUACUCAAAAAUUAACCACUGAGGGUGUGUCAGGGUCACUGUUGGGCCUGCUACUACUACGGAAUGCGGGAUGGGCCAAAGUCGCUCGGAUCUGUCGCACACCACCGCCGCCUCAGGCAGAGGGAAAUGGAAAGGCGAGACAGCCCAGCGGCUCCGUAUCCGCACAUUUAGCGUCGGUGAGAAGCGACGGGGUGACCAAUUAAACAGGAAUCCGAUGAGAAAUAAAGUGCUGUCGUGUUUGGGAAGGAGAAAGCGAGACUCGAGUGAAACAGAAGCGGAUUUAGGUUGCGGAAACCGAGCCGGAGAUCCAGCAACGCGCCGCGAUCACAGAGUGGGAAAGUUGCCGAGGGACGAGGUUGAGACGGCGGUUGGGGAACAUCGAGCAUCCCCGGGUUGUUUUGGGAAACCAUCAGGCCUAGAAGAUAGUAGAAAUGUUCUUCAGCACGCAGUGAACCCAGAGACAACGACUGGACCGUCAGAUGCGUCAGGUUUGGAAACGCGGACCGGUGAAGUCAGCGUUGAGGGCUGCGAGCAGCCGAAACCCGAGCAAGAGGACAAUGCCUCGGACCCCCCGACGAGGGCCAUGGAAGAUCAGCCACUGGGGGGAAACAACCAGGAUCACGUUGUGUCCCAGGUCAGAGAAUUAACGGGGGCUAAUUUGAGUUCAGCCCCGCGGUUCACCUCUGACCCGGACCGUGAGCGGACUUUGUCUGGCUCGCUCACGGACCCACCUCUGGAUAGUGGACUGUCGAUACCGGACGAUAACGUUGAAGCUGCAAUGACAAAAAGCGACUGUACUGUUUCCUGUACGCCCAAAGCGGCCGGUGACCAAAAUAACUGUUGUCUGGUUAAAACGGAGACCCGAAAGGACUCCGAUCAGGCCCCCCGUGGUCCCACGGGAGGCCAAAGUUACCCAGGAACUAUACCGAAACUCAUCAUAACUAGAGACCCCAGUCCGACCCGCUCACAGGGGACGUCGGCCUCGUUGAGCCCCCAAACGGAGCUCAGCACCGGCUCCUGUCUGGACCCUCACCCAGAAGACGAGUCUCCCUGUUCGGACAGCGGCUGUGGAGGGUCCCCUGCACUGAUGCGCUCGCCGAGGAAGCUGUCCAACUCAUCCUCCAUCGGCCUGUCCUCCGCCUCGUCCUUCGAGGAGUCCGAGGACGACUUCACAGGGAGCGACAUCGAGUCCAGUCUGUCUCCGGCCCGGUCUCUGUGUAGCCCGGACGAUGGGACAGGGAAUAAGUCUUGGCAGAAAUUGAAGACCAUGGUUCACUGGUCCCCCUUCGUCGUGUCCUUUAAGAAGCGUUACCCGUGGGUGCAGCUAGCUGGCCAUGCAGGUAACUUCCAGGCCGGGGAGUACGGACGCUUGUUGAAGCGAUACUGUGAGUGUGAGCAGCAGUGUCUACAGAAGCUGAUGAAGGACACUCUGCGCCCCUACGUGCCUGGUUAUUAUGGUGUCGUACAGAGAGACGAGCAGGACUAUAACCUGAUGGACGACUUGCUGGCCGACUUCGAUUCGCCCUCCAUCAUGGACUGUAAGAUGGGCAGCAGGACGUACUUAGAAGAGGAGCUGAUAAAAGCCAGAGAGCGUCCACGUCUGCGGAAGGACAUGUAUGAGAAGAUGGUUGCAGUGGACCCCGGGGCCCCCACCGAGGAGGAGAGGGCCCAGCAGGGAGUCCUCAAACCCAGAUACAUGCAGUGGAGGGAGACGCUCAGUUCCACAGCCACCCUGGGCUUCCGCAUUGAAGGCAUUAAGAAAGCUGAUGGAACUUGUAACACCAACUUUAAAAAGACGAAGCACUCGGAGCAGGUGAUGCAGGCCCUGGAGGACUUUGUUGGUGGCAACACUCAGAUUUUGAAACUCUACCUGCAGCGACUAGAGGAGCUUCGAUCUGUCCUCGAGCAGUCAGAUUUCUUUAGGACACACGAGGUUGUGGGCAGCUCACUGCUCUUUGUGCACGACGCCUCGGGGAAGGCCAGAGUGUGGAUGAUCGACUUUGGGAAGACGGUCCCCGUGCCGGCCCCUCGCACCCUGGACCACAGGACUCCCUGGGUGGAGGGCAACCGGGAGGACGGCUACCUGUGGGGACUGGACAACCUCAUAGACAUCUUCAGCAGUAUGCUCCCGCAGACACCUUGAGAGGGAGACUCAGAGGACUGUAGUAAAACAUUGGUCCACGCAGGAUGGUGGGAGAGAGACUGAGACUGACCGAGGGACGAUCAGAAGUGAGCCACCAAUUUGACUUUCAUUAUGACCCAUGCCACGAUCCAAGUGUCUUUUAUCCAAAUGUACCAGUGUAAGAAGAAAAUGAAGACAACUGCAGGAAAUCUGUUGCAAAGAGGAAUAUGCCAAAGGCGGACAUCAUUCAUCAUGCUUCAUUUGUGUAACCUGGACACGCAUGACGUGCGAUGAGUUGAUGCAAAAGGCAGAAAAAGAAAGAGGGAGAAUUUAAUGUAUGAUUGUGACUGCUGUCACAUGGACGGUGGCCUGUUUUAUGAAAGCACAGUCCUCUGAAUUCACUGACAGUCUCUUUGUCCUGCAAAAGACGCCUAACUUCACUCAUCUCCUCUCAGCGCCUCCCUCUGUUGGUUGGAGUUGCACAUAGCACCAACUCACAGCCAUGAACUUCUCCUCCAAACAAGGAGCAUUGAGUGAUUGAACUUUUUAUUUUUCUCAUGGACCACUUUUGAUGUUCAAGUAUACAGUAACACUAAAACACUGGUCAGACCACGUGUUAACUAACUCAGUGUGUAUAUACAAGUUUAUUUAAUUUUUUUGUUUGGCCUUGGUAUUACCUUCUUACUUUGUUUGUACAGUUUGUGUGCCUCGCAUUUUUAAAGAAAGAGUUGUUUGAUCAUUCCAGUGCUGUGGACUCCUGCUAUUUUUCUUCCAAAGAGUUUCACCUAAGUGUAAACUGAUUUACUUCUAAUCCCAAAGUUUAACUUCUAGUAGAAAGUGUUUUCUAAAUUUGGAUUUUUUUUGUAUGAUAAUGCAGUGACAUUUUUUGAUUCGUUUAACUGUACAGUGAGCAGCAUGGCAGCCAUGUUUGUCUGGAAUUUGUUGCACUGUGGAUCCUCACCAAGCCAUCGAACAAAUCAAGCGGUGCCUCUUUGUGUCUUAAGAUGGGGAAGCAGCAGUCGAGUACUGGGUUUACAGUUACUUUAACAUGCAUUUUAAUUAGUUGUUCUCACUUCAUUCUCUUUGAUCAGUGUUGCUUCGGAUUUGCGGGGAGCUUUACAUUGAAGCGAAGUAGUGUAAAGGGUGAAAUGAAACUGGAUUUAACUGAUUAAAACUGAUCCAUCUGUUAAGGCUUCACUUUCAAGGUUUCUCUUAAUCUAUCCCCACAUGAUUUUGAAACUGGAAAUUUUGUGUCUUAUGAGUCCAAGUAUGACAAAAAUAAUCAAUAAGAAGAAUACUGCUUUUAAACACACGGCGGUCGGCGUAAACCUCAUUUAGUUUCACUAAAGCGGUUUGUGGUUUGAAUUUUUGUACUGAAGAAUGAGAGUUUACAAAGAAUUGUUAUAUUUAGAUAUUAAGUCAGUGCUUAUAAACUUAUCUGUUGUUCCUUGACUGGAAUGCAGCAGGUCAGUGAACAUAACAGUCAUGAUUCUUCCAGACGUCCUUCAACCGUGUCAAGCAGCACUGUUUGGGUGUGUAUGUGUGUGCGGUUCACUCAAUAGUUUUCACGUAUUUUUACGUGAGUGCUAUAAAUAUCUGACUUCAUGCAAAUGGAAUUCUGGCACUCAGUUUUUCCAUUUACGAUAAGUAGAACCUACUGGGAGCGAGGAAUAAUACAGUGUUUACAAAGUGUUAUAUUUCUUUGCCCAUAAAUCUUCUAUAUUUAUAAAAUGGCGAACUAUCAGGGUUUCUAACUGGGUGCUGCUUUCUAAGUACGAAAACUGGAUUCAUAACCACAUUUCCUAUUUUUACAGGCAGUGUAUUUUAAGGUUGCAGAACACAGACCGAUUGGUGAAAACUGAUUUAUUGAUUAAUUCUCUGCUUUGUCUAGGUCAUGGAUUCUAAUAAACUGGAAAUAAGA